CGAGGGACUACAUGCCGGGCUAUCGCUUUGUCGGUCUCAUCGACUUCAUCGCCGCUACCGGGCUUCUGAGGGCGAACUUAGCAGAACUUGCAGGGUCAGUGCACAAGGUAUUUCUGCGCAACGACCCACGCCAUGUGCACACCAUCGGCACCUCGGUUCCGAAUCCAUUUGCGUCGGCCAACCGCAAGUCCUAUUCCAUGGAAAAUGCGAUGCGGCUGGCCGAUAGCUUGAGGCUGGUGUAUCCCGACCGCGAUCACGUCUGCCUGAGCGUGUCGCUGGCCGUGUACAAGUUCAACGUCUUCAACCUGGACGACACCAACUCUUCCACCUCUCCAGGCGUCGGAUCGUUGGCGUCUUACGUUAACACGGAAUUCUCCUACUCUGAGCUUUGUGAGGAGUACAGAGAUCCACACCGGCACUUCGACGACGCCACUCUGUCGACGUACGUGCACGUGGGCAAGGCUUGGCUCGGUUUCGAUGACGACACGUCGAUGGAGAUAAAGAUUGACAAGCUGUCUCGAAAGCACCACGUCGGUUGCCUGCUGGCCGACAACAUCGACUUGGACGACUUCCGGAAUGUCUGCAAGAAGGGCGACUUCCCAAGGCUGCGCUUUCUUAAGCGAGCCGUGCUGAGCACAGAGCGCCUAUAGUAUAAUUCCAUCCUUCCCACUUCCAGUCACGUGACUAGUGUCACUGGACUGCGGAGAAUGUAGUAAAUAUAAGAG